CUCAUCCGGAAGUGGAUGUUGCGGACUCGUAAGGCUUUCGGAACCAACACGUUUAGCAUUUGCUAGCAUUUCAUAUGUUGAAGUUGAUCUAUUUAGACAAAGCUUACAUUCGUACCAUGAAUAUAACCUUUUGAGCAUUUCUGUCACAGUUUACGUGACAGCUCCGCCGUUACCUAACUUCCGUAUCGAGCACAUGCUUGUUAGCUUAGCAUCGGUUCGUAUUGUAAACGCGACCAGUUAAAUUCAACCUUAAAGCUCACGAAAUCAAGCUCAAACGAUAAUGGACGAUUUGACAACCCCGUACGACGAUGACUCGGCCAUGGAGUUCAUUGAGUGUUCGGUGUGUGAAAUAUCCUUAAGGGGACAAAACUUGUAUAAGAUACACCUGACCAUGCCGGGACACUUAAAGAAAGAGGAGGCCGCCGUCGCCGCGGGUCUCGCGGUCCGAGAACGAACUGUGCCCAAGUUCAAGGAUAUCUUACAAUGCGUGGACUACCUGAAGCUUGACGAGCCGAUCAUUGGUUUGAACUUCUUGGAGGAAGUGGGAAGCGUGAACGCUGACCAUCCCAGUCUGGGACCCCGAUACACGUGCACGCUUUGCAAUAUCACCGCAUACUCACCGGAAAUGGUCCAUCACGUGAUUGGGCGGAAACACAGGCACAAAUAUAUUAAGACAAAGCGUCCAGAUCUGGUGAAUUGGGACAAGGAUAUGGUGGUGAACCAAGUGGGAAAGCUCCUUCGCACCAAAGCGGAGCUCAUCGCCAAGGAGGACGGAAGCGGACGGCCCAUGCCAAUGAAGAGAAUGAAUGCGGGAAACUUCAUGUCAAGAGUUCCCCCAUGGCAGGGGCAGAACAGACACGCACAGAACUACUCGGGCCGGAAUCGACGGAACCAGGAUUUUCAAGGCCCCCAUCGCAGUAGUUUAAGGCCCGAUUCUCCAAGCAGAGUCCCGUUUCAUAAUGCCGAGGGCCCCUCGAUGCACGCGGCGGGGGAUGGACCAACAGCAAACCUGUGGGACCAGCAUCUUGACAGGGCGGAAGACUGGGAAACGGGUCCUUUCCGGGGAAGGAAUUCAGACCUUGAUCUUCGUCCGGGUGAUCAUUACAAUCCCAGCAAGAAGACUCAAUGGGGCUUGGAUCAAUCCCCUGAGGGUUACCCAGCACACAGAAAUCAGGAAACAGAAAUGGAGUUUUUCUCAGAAGAUGGAAUGACCGACUAUCAGCCCGAGGGUCGCGACUAUCAGCCCGAGGGUCGCGACUAUCAGCCCGAGGGUCGCGACUAUCAGCCCGAGGGUCGCGACUAUCAGCCCGAGGGCCGCGACUAUCAGCCCGAGGGCCGCGACUAUAAGCCCCCGGGCCGCGACUACCAGCCCGAGGGCCGCGACUACAGCCCGAGGGCCGCGACUACCAGCCCGAGGGCCGCGACUACCAGCCCGAGGGCCGCGACUACCAGCCCCCGGGCCGCGACUACCAGCCCGAGGGCCGCGACUACCAGCCCGAGGGCCGCGACUACCAGCCCCCGGGCCGCGACUACCAGCCCCCGGGCCGCGACUACCAGCCCCCGGGCCGCGACUACCAGCCCCCGGGCCGCCGUGACACUCAGCCGCAGGGUCGGAACUCUCACCCCCAUCGUACUGAUUAUAUGACCCGACGUCCAGACUCCCAUCCACAUCUUCCUGGCUCUCAGCCCCAGCAUCCAGACUCCCAGCUCCAUCGUUGGGAUUUUCAGCCCCAACGUCCAGACUCUCAGCCCCAGCGUCCGGGCUAUCAAAGAGAGGACCAAAAUUGGU